UACAAAAAAUAAUCAAAGACAAAGGGGACCAAACCUUCUCUUCUCCCCUACAAUCCUCACUCCAUGGGAACUGCAAGCAAAAACAAAGAAAGAUAGAAGAAAGACAAACUUUCAAUUCUUGACUCUCUCAUGGAGCCAUCUUUCUCUUUGAAAACAAUACUAACAAUCUCCCUCUUUCUCUUCUUUCUCACCCCGCAAUCAUCUUUAGCUAUAAAAGUACCCUUCCACCCUCAGGACUUGCUUCCUUUGUUACCAAGGAAAGUCUCAUGGCCAAUUCUCAACUACUUAAACGGUGCAGCGGACCUUUUGCCAACAUUUGUUGGUGCUGCCUCUGCUUUAAACGACACCGGUGAGUGGAAAGGUGCUUGCUUUUACGAGAACCGGGCUUGGAUGGAGUUUCAUAAUAAGACUGGUAGUGAAUUUGGUGGCGGUACACUUCAUCUUAAGGUUAGUAAAGCUCACAGCUGGACAUGUAUGGAUAUUUAUGUCUUUGCCACUCCCUAUCGUGUAACAUGGGAUUAUUACUUUUUAUCUCGAGAACAUACAUUAGAGUUUAAAGAGUGGGAUAGCAAAGCUGAAUAUGAAUAUGUGAAACGCCAGGGAGUCUCAAUUUUCCUCAUGCAGGCAGGGAUGCUUGGAACCCUUUCAGCACUAUGGGAUGUCUUUCCCUUAUUUACAAAUACUGGAUGGGGAGAGAAUUCUAAUAUUGGAUUCCUGAAGAAACAUAUGGGGGCUACCUUUGAACAGCGUCCGCAGCCUUGGGUUACCAACAUCAGUGUUGAUGAUAUUCACUCUGGUGACUUCCUUGCUAUAUCAAAAAUUCGUGGAAGGUGGGGUGGUUUUGAGACUUUAGAGAAGUGGGUUAGUGGAGCUUAUGCUGGUCAUACUGCUGUUUGCUUAAAGGAUUCUGAAGGAAAAUUAUGGGUUGGUGAAUCGGGACAUGAAAAUGAACAGGGAGAAGAUAUUAUUGCCGUGUUACCUUGGGAUGAAUGGUGGGAAUUCGAGCUGAAUAAGGAUGAUUCAAAUCCACAUAUUGCAUUGCUUCCUCUGCACCCUGAUGUGCGAGCUAAGUUCAACGAGACUGCUGCUUGGGAGUAUGCUUUGAGCAUGAAUGGAAAGCCUUAUGGAUAUCAUAACAUGAUAUUUAGCUGGAUAGACACUCUGGAUGGGAACUAUCCACCACCAUUGGAUUCUCAUGUGGUUGCUUCUGUUAUGACAGUUUGGAAUCACAUGCAACCUGAAUAUGCUGCUAACAUGUGGAAUGAAGCCUUGAACAAACGACUUGGAACUCAGGGCCUUGAUCUUCCUGAUGUCUUGGUAGAAGUUGAAAAGCGUGGGUCAUCCUUUGGGGAAUUGCUGACAAUUCCUGAACAGGAUGAUUGGUUGUAUGCUGAUGGGAAGUCAACCUCGUGUAUUGCUUUUGUUCUGGAAAUGUACAAGGAAGCAGGAAUGUUUGAUCCAAUUUCUGGCUCUGUUCAAGUGACUGAAUUUACGAUCAAAGAUGCCUACACACUAAGGUUUUUUGAAAACAAUUCAAGCCGCUUGCCAAAGUGGUGCAAUGAUGGAGAUGAUGUGAAGCUCCCAUUUUGUCAGAUUAAAGGGAAGUAUCGAAUGGAACUACCAGAAUACAAUACCAUGGAUCCUUACCCCCAUAUGAACGAAAGGUGCCCAUCACUCCCCCCAAAAUACUACAGAACACAGAAUUGCUAAACGGCCUUCCCUUUUCUUGCUGUUGUUGUAACAAUAUUUGAUGCCAGUGGGUGCAUUGUUCUUUGAAUUGAUGUGUGGAAGCAGCCAGGCAAAAGGUCUGUUACUGAAAGUAAAUAUGGUAGUGUAGAAGAUUUCAGCUGUUAAUUCUUUCACUUGUACACAGUAGCCACAACGCAGGCUAGUAAUGCGAUUGUUCCACUCAUUCCUGUC